AUGUAUGGCUAUCAUGUUAGUACUGGUGCUUUUGCUUAUCAUCAGUAUUGUGAUAAGCCUAAGAUUACUUCGGUUUGCUUGGCGGACGAUUUGUUUGUUUUUGGUAGAGCUUCUAAAGGCAAUGCUAGUGAGUUGGUCCAUUUAUUAUCGGCCUUUUCAGGCCAAUCUGGUCUUGCUAUCAAUAGAGGGAAGUCAUCACUUUUCUUUGCAAAUACACCUCUGGAUGUGCAGGUUUAUUUUGAACAAUCUAUAGGGAUUACUACUGGCUCCUUGCCAAUCAGGUACUUAGGGGUUCCUCUAGCCUCUAAGAAACUCAGAUCAUCGGAUUUCUUGGAGCUUGUUUCGAAGGUGCAGAAUAGGAUAGAUUCAUGGUCCACCAAGUCUCUAUCAUUUGCAGGGAGGGUUGCUCUUAUUCAAUCAGUUCUCAUGGGCACUAUCAAUUAUUGGCUUAGUGUUUUUCGGCUUCCAAGCAGCACUAUUUUAGCCUUGGAAAAGAUGAUGGCUAGAUUCCUCUGGAAAGGGUAUACUGAUGUGGGAACUUAUAAAGUGUCAUGGAUUGCAGUCUGUCGCCCAAAGGAGGAGGGUGGCUUGGGGUUAUGGCGGUUGCGUGAUUUGAAUACUGUUGCCCUUAUGCGACAUGUCUGGACAGUAGCUGCUAGAAAGGAGACUUGUUGGAGUAUUUUUGUGAGGCAUAAAUGGCUGAGGCAUCACUCUAUUUGGUCACUGCCGACCCCAACAGUAUGCUCCUCUUCCUUUCGUGAGAUCUUACACACUCGUGAGGUGGCCUUUGGAUGUGUUCGGUAUUUAAUUAAGGAUGGUGGUGGAACCCUACUUUGGAGUGAUCCAUGGCUUCUAGUGGGCAGGUUAGGUGGAUAUGGUGUUCUAUUGGCUGAAGCACUUGGGAGGAGCGUGUUUGAUCGAGUGGAUAGACUGCUGGUUGAUGGGUGUACUUGGGCUAAUCCUUAUUUAGACCCAGUGAUUUCUGAUCGUUGGGAUGAAGUGAAGAAUACCAAGGUUCACUCUUUGCUUCAUGAGGACUUGGCGAUCUGGACUCCAACCGCUAAUGGGUUAUACUCUCUUCGUUCCGCCUGGGCUGCUGUUCGUGGCCAAGGAGACAAGCAAUCUUGGGUUAAGAAGUUCAGCUUCACUGCUGCAAUUUAUAGAUUGUGGCAAGAGAGGAAUGCUAGAAUUUUCUUGAAUCAGUGUAAUUCGGCAGUGUCUGUUCUUAGCCGUAUAGUCUCAGAUACUCGUGGUGCCUUCUCCUUCCUUGGCAAGCAAUGUCCUGACACCAUGUGGAGUCGGCAGUUCUUUAGCUUGUGGGGCAUUGAUGUUUGCUUUGUACACCCCAAGGCUAGUUUCCAUGUUUGGAAACCUCCCCCUCUCGAUUGGGUUGCUCUCAAUUGUGAUGGGUCGGUUAUAAGAGAGCGGGGUGGUAAUGGGGCAAUUGGACGUGAUCAUUUGGGACGUCCUUUGUUUGCUGUGGCUGGUGGUUCGCGUGAUGUUAGCAUUAUUCAAAUAGAACUGCAGGCCAUCAAGGCUGCUCUUUUGAAGGCCAGGGCGCUCAAUCUGACUUGGGUACAGGUUCGGUCUGAUUCCAUACUCACAAUUCAGAUGAUCGUGGGGACCUACCUUAUUUCAUGGAAGAUUAGGUGGCUAAUUGAGGAUAUUUGGUGGCUUCGUAACUCUUCAUUAGCUGUUCCUUUUCGCAUCAUGUUCGGGAGGAUGAUGGCAAGGGAAAGAGAUAUGUAA